GUUUUAUUUACCCUGUGGUGGCACACUGGACAUGGUCAGCAGAGGGGUGGCUAGCAGUUGGAAAUGGUAACAUUGGAAUGAAGCUCACUGCUUUAGGUGGAUUUAUACUGCUGUUUGGAUUCCUGGCCUUCAAUGGCGGAUCACAGGGCCACAUUACACACCAAGGAGACGCUGGUGCUAUAGCUAGUGUGGUGGCCAACACUAUCAUUGGUGGAACUUUCGGCGGAUUAGUUAAUUUGACUAUCUAUAGACUAGGUGCUUUUGGUAAACCCCGACAAUGGAGUCUACUGUUUUCCCUUAACGGUGCAUUAGCUGGUAUGGUUUCAACAUGUGCUGGCUGUGACGAAUUUUACCCCUGGGGUGCUGCUGUUGUUGGAACUGUUGGAGGUUUACUGUUCUUCUGCAUUCAUGUUGUCAUUAUUGCCAUGAAAAUCGAUGACCCUCUUGAUGCUGUAGCAGUGCACUUUGGAGGCGGUUUCUGGGGCCUGAUAGCUGCACCGCUAUUUAGACGUCAUAACGGAAUUGUUUUCAAGAAUAACUCAGACGCAUUAAUGGGUCUUGCGUGGAACAUCGCAGGAAUGGCAGCAAUCAUUGGCUGGAGUACAGUUCUGUCACUUGUUAUGUUUGGACUACUAAAAAAAUUCUGUAUGUUUCGUGUGGAUCCGGAAACAGAGAUAAAAGGUCUGGAUAUCAUCAAACAUGGAGAACCAGCCUAUCCUGCUCCCAGCUGGGAAGAAGAACAGUAUUACCACCGUUACGCUCAGGAUGGAAACCACAUACUGAACACAGAUGGUGUAAAAGUCAAUCUUCCUCCAAACAUGCGUUUUAAUGGUGGUUCUGACAAGAUGGUUAAGACGCACCCAGAACUCAAUGGCCGAUUUAGGCUGAUCACCGAGUCAACUAACUUGGCUUUUGUUCCUGAUACCUUUCCUGCAACACAACUAUAA